GGUGCUACUUCUUAGGGUUAGGGCUCUUCCAGCUUCCAGGCGCGAUGACGGAGGAUCAACAGCACAAGAAAGAGGCGGCCGUGGCGUAUGACUACGACGGCGAUCCUCGCUGGGCGGAUUACUGGUCCAAUGUGCUUGUGCCCUCGCAUUUGGCCGCAAGGCCAGAGGUUUUGCGGCAUUUCAAGCUCAAGUUCUACCAGAGAUACGUUGAUCCGGACCUUGUUGUGGAUCCUCUUUCAGCGAUUUCUUCCCCGAGAUCGUCUUCCAACUCGGAGCCAAGAGUGCAAAGACGAUCUGCGACUGGAGCUGAUCGCAGCAGCACAACGCCUCCACCGGAGACCACUCGCCAGCAGUCUCCACCAGCGUCUACUGCUUCCAGGAGCUCUUUCAGAAUGGAUCCUCCAACGAUACAGUUCCUUGCCAAUGCUUGGGUCACAGUGAUGGCUGUUUUGGCUAUGUUUCCUUUCCUUCCUUAUGCACUAGCGGAGAAGGCUUACAGGUUAACUCUACUUGGCUCGGCAGCAACUAACUUGUAUUGUAUUGCGAACCAGCACGGGGCUCCGGCGGCUUGGAAUCUCCAAGGCUUGCAAAAUUGGCUCCGAUCAAUCUUUGAGACUACUGGAAACGACUUCCUCUAUCUUUUGUACGCGUUCUUUUUUGUCUCGGCAUCUAUUCCUCUCAAAGUUGCUGUGAUUCCUUUGGCUAUACGCUCUCUGGAGCAAGUAGUGUACCAUCUAAGACGGAAUUUCAGCAACACUCGACUUUACAGAAAGUAUCUCGACAAGCCAUCAAACUGGGUGGCUUCCAACUCAAACCUUUUGAAGAGUCUCAGUGCCAACGCUGAGAUCGGACUUGGUUUCUUGCUAAUCAUCCUGCUACUAACGCCGCAGCGAAACAUCAUCCAAGCAUUCGUUCACUGGAGGCUUCUUAAAAUGAUGUACGCGCUUCCAAGCACGGCACCAUAUCACCGAAGCUCUUGGUCGGCUAUUGGCAGAAGGGUGAACCCACUUAUCCACCAAUACGCUCCAUCUCUCGCAACACCCAUGGCCUAUUUGCAACGAUGGUUCGUCUCAUAGCCAAGUUCUUAUCUUUCUCGAUCCAACCAAAAAAAAGUUUGGAGCUUCGAUCAAACGCUUUUCUUUCUCAGCGGCAAGAAUUCCAUAGAGCUAUUUUUUU